AUGGAACCUGGGACCAAGACAUUCAUCCGGCAGCGGAGCUAUUCCGCAGGUCCCGUCAUUGACAUGCCACUGAGUGCUAGAAAGAACUAUGGCACUGAUAGGCCAGAAGCGUCCUUAAUUACCUCGGAGGAUCUUAAGGACAAGCCCAUAUUAAGCAUUCGAGUUGUCUUUGCCAACCGCGUCCCAGAUGGGAAGGAGCAGCUGCGAAAUGAGAUCCAACAUCCAGACCCCCGAUAUACGCCUUACAAGCCUGCCCGAGACGUCAGCCAUUCACAAAUGGCCACAAGGAGUGCAAUGGAAAGGGAACUUCAACCACCUACGGCGAAUCAUGAACCGAUCUCGGGGUUGUACCCGGACCAUCACGCUGUCGAUAUUCGAGACAAGUUGUUAAGUAUGCCGACGUCAACGCGUGGCACGAUAAAAUUGGAUUCUCAUUCAACUAACUUAGCUCCACAUCCUUUCCAACCUAUACCGUCCCUAAGAAAAGAAGUACUCCCGUUGCAUGAAUCCGACCCAGUCCCACGAGAGCAUGCCGAAGGUGGGACAUAUCAUAAGCUCAGUAAAGGCGACAUCGGCUACGGUGGUUAUCGAUCUGCAGCUGGAUUUGAAGCGGGAGAAAGCCUUCUAGCCAAAAGAUUAAGAGGGCUAGAGGUUCAAAAGAAUGAUUCCCCAGAUAUCAACUAA